AUGCUAUUCAACAACUUCACAGCAACGAUGCAUCACGCAAUUGGUAUCUUGCAUAUACCAUCGACGCGUCAACUAAUGGGGGAGGCAUAUCGGGGUUUAUCUACUGGAAAGCCUCCGGAUUUGUCCGUCACGAUGCUGCUCUUCGCAGUAUUUGCCGUCUCAGCUGCGUCCCCACCUCCUGCUCUGUUGCGCUCACUUGAGCCUUCGCCUGAACAAGCAACUCAAGCAUAUCAAGGGUAUUUGCGGACUGCUCGGUCUUUUGUCGAAAACAUCGAAGCAGUAUCUGCGUCGACUACUGCCUUGGCAGCUCUGACGCUUCUGGCGUAUCUGGCCACCAAUGGCAGCGGCCAUGGUCUCGGCGGACACUUACUCCGGUCUCAAUGCUAUUGGAUGGCGCAUACAAUGGAGAUACAUCGACUCGACGGGUCACAACGUCGCGCAGAGCGCAAAGCAAACGAGUGCAAUGUGAUUGAGCUAGAAGUCCAGCGGCGAAUUUGGUGGAACUUGGUUGCGGCAGACUGGCUAUCUGUAUUCUCAGGAAGCACACCGGAAGAUGCUUACCUCUACCAUCCGAGCCACAUGUGCGUUGACCUUCCUAGCCAGCUAGAUGAUAUGGACAUUACCGCAACAGGAUAUCGGCACCCCAAGCCUAUGUCAGAGCCAAUAGCAUCGACCUUUCUGAUAGCCCGCGCAAAACUGGCAUCUAACUGCCGUGAGGUCGUCGAUUCAAUGCCAUCUAUAGCCCCAGGUGUUGAGCCCAGCUAUGAUACAAUUCUAGCCCUGGACGCACGAUUUUAUAACUGCCUUGCCGAACUCCCGCCUAUCUUUCAGCUCAACCAGGAUGAAGCAGCCCAGCAUAGAUGGGCCCGGAAGCCCUACAUUAGAUGGCAGAGAAUAACCAUGCAUCUAUCGGUACACACCAGGCUUUGCCGCCUCCAUCGUCCUUAUUACCUCAAGGGCAUGGCCGAUCCAAAGUACCAAUAUUCCCGCGACGUAUGUGUCAUUUCCGCGCAAGUAGUUCUCGACCUGUGGCACUCAAUGGACGAGAAAAAGACGAAUGUCGGUUUGACGCCGGAUCAGUUCUGGGUUGUUGCGCAGCAUGCUUUCUCGGCAGCGUUAACCCUUGCGACGGAUGUUUCGUUUGAUGCAAGUGCCCCGGAUGCAGCAGAACGCAAGGCCAAAGUCCUCGCUGCACAUGAUAUACUGGAAAGGUCGACGGAUGGAUCGUGUGGUUUCAGGGAAACGAUCGAGAAGAAUUUGUGUACAUUCAUGGCAACGCUGAACUGGCAAGGGCCGAGCGCAAAUAAUCCAACACCUGGCGCACCGUCGGGUGUAAUAAGGACGCCAUCGGAUAUGAAUGCUUCUGGGCCAGCAGAUAUUCCCGGCCUUACCGGCGAUGGGGAGGAAAGUGCGGAGAUGAUUGCGCCAUGGAACGAGGACUGGGUCAAGCUGUGGUCGGAAUUCUUGACAGUUGCACCGGACCUCGACUUCUCACAGUGGGACCAGAUACUUGAGGGGACAGAUCCACAUGUUUUUUGA